UGUCCAAAAUAACCCUUCGUCCCCUUCCGGCUUCCCCUCUCUCUUAUUUCUCCCUUCCUCCGGAGCCCUAGUCCGAGCACUAACUCCUAAUCCUCUCCAAAAGCCUACCGUGUCCGUAGAAACCCUGUCCAAACGCCGCCGUACUGCGUGUCGGAUUCCUUUCUCCGGAUCUCGCUGCCUCCGAUCGCUGCUUUCUCCGUGGUAUUUUGCUUGAUUUGGUUGUUGGAUCCGAUCGCGCUCGUUCGAUCUGAGAAUGGAGGUGAAGGAUUCGUCCGCUGCUACUGGGACAGCGGUAGCUUCUUUGGGGAGCAAGGAUGGUGUCACGGGUGACGAAGGGCAUCUCGCCGAUGCCGAGGGGCUGGCCAAGGAGGCCGCUUUCCUGUUCCAGGGCCGCCGGUUCCAGGAGUGCGUUGAUGUGUUGAAUCAGCUUGUGCAGAAGAAGCGGGACGAUCCAAAGAUUCUUCAUAACAUUGCUGUUGCCGAACACUACCGAGAUGGUUGUUCUGAUCCGAGGAAACUUCUUGAUGUACUUCUCAAGUUUAAACAGCAAGGUGAAGACCUUGCUUGUUCUUCUGGAGAACAGACCGAAUUGGGGAAUCGGAGUGUGAAUAAUAUGGUUUCAGGAUCCAAAGUGAAUAAUCCUUCAGACAGUGGCAGAAUUGUUUAUGCAGAAGAGUUUGACACUUCAGUAAUACUGUUGAACAUUGCUGUUGUGCUUUACCACGUCCAUGAAUAUGUGCAGGCAUUAUCAGUCCUUGAAACAUUAUAUCAGAAUAUUGAGCCCAUUGAUGAGAGAAUAGCUCUUCACGUGUGUGUUCUGCUGCUGGAUGUUGCAUUGGCCUGCCAAGAUGCUUCAAAAGCUGCAGAUGUUAUUCAAUACCUGGAGAAAUCUUUUGGUGUUGGUCAUGCUGUCGGGCAAGGAGAUAUCGGCAGCUGCAUCCAACACCCAUCUAACCAAGGAUUGAAAGUUUCUAUAACAAACAACUUCUCUGCUCCAGAUGCCUCCAGUACAGAUUCAAGUGGUAGCAUCAAUGUUCCUGAAAAUGCUUUGACAAGAACUUUAUCAGAAGAGACACUAGAAUAUGAGACCUUAUAUUCAACACUGGAUACUGGUACCGAGAACUUGGAGAGGCCUACCCCCAACGAUAACUCAAUAACAUCAGCUGAUCAAGCAGCUUCUGCCAUUGAUCUAAAGUUAAGUUUGCAUCUUUACAAGGUACGACUACUGCUGCUCACAAGGAACCUGAAGGCUGCAAAGCGUGAAAUCAAGCUUGCUAUGAACAUAGCACGUUUUGGAGAUUCAUCUACAGCACUUUUGUUAAAGUCUCAGUUAGAAUACGCUCGUGGCAACCACCGAAAGGCUAUAAAAUUAUUGAUGACAUCUGGUAACAGAUCUGAUCCAGCAACCCUUUGUAUAUUUAACAACAAUAUGGGGUGCAUAUACCACCAUCUUGGGAAACAUCACACUUCAACUUUGUUCUUCUCUAAGGCAUUAAAAUGCAGUGCAUCUCUUGGGUGUGAGAAGCCUCUGAAGCUUUCUACCUUUUCUCAAGAUAAAUCAUUCUUUAUAGUAUAUAACUGUGGCUUGCAAUACUUGCUUUGUGGAAGACCACUGGUUGCAGCCCGCUGUUUUGACAAAGCUAGGCCAGUAUUUUAUGACAAACCCAUUUUCUGGCUCCGAUUUGCUGAAUGCUGCUUGUCAGCUCUAGAAAAGGGACUUCUGGCAAAAACUGGUUCUUCGUCAUCAGAUGGCAAGGAGGUGAAAGUUCAUGUAGUUGGAUCAGGCAGAUGCAGACAAUUAGUGAUUGAUGAUUUCAGCUCGGGACAUAGAUAUUCUGACUGCUUAGGAGAGGGUGGUUUAAUCACUUCUGAUGGCGAACAUAGACUUUCACUUCCUUUUGCUCGACGGUGUCUCCUCAAUGCUCUGUAUCUGCUCAAUAAAAGUGAAAAGGUCCAGUCAAGUGGAUCGCUCUCUAGAAAAGAAGAAGAGGAUACCUACCUUGCAACAUCUGCUAAUUCAAAGAAUUUGAGCCACAAGAAUAUACUGUCUGGUAAUUCAAAAGCUUCAAAUGCAACAUCAACCCCUGGGACUUCUACUAAUGGUGAUUCCAAAGAAACAAAGGGAGGUAUACUCUUGAACACGACAUUGCAGAGUUCUCUUUCUUCAUAUGAGGAAAUAUGUAGAAAAGAAAUGAACAUGAUAAAGCAGGUUGUUCUAGGCAACCUAGCUUAUGUGGAGUUGAAUUUAGGGAAUCCAUUAAAAGCAUUAUCUGCCGCAAAAGAACUCCAGCAGUUGCCUGGCUGUUCCAGAAUGUACGUAUUUCUCAGUCAUGUAUAUUCUGCUGAAGCACUUUGCUACAUGAACCAACCAAAAGAAGCAGCUGAGCAUUUGUCAUUCUAUGUGUCGGAAAAGAACGAAGUUCAGUUGCCUUACAGUGAAGAAGAUAGGGAAAAGUGGAGAACAGAUAGAAGUGGGGAUGGGGAAGAGUCGAGUGGUCCUCCUAAUGUCAAAACUAGUGAAGAAAUCCAAGGUAUGAUGUUUAUGAAGCCUGAUGAGGCUCGUGGAACGCUCUAUGUAAAUCUUGCUGCAAUUUGUGCAAUACAAGGAAAUAUUGAGCAGGCUAGCUUAUUGGCGAAGAAAGCUCUGGUUGCACUGCCUAGCAAUCCAAUAGCUGCACUUGCUGCCAUCUACAUUGACCUUCUACUAGGGAGAACACAAGAUGCUCAAGUUAAAUUGAAACAUUGCAGACAGGUCAGAUUCUUUCCCACUCAUGUAAGAAUGGGCAGCACAUGAUUGUACCAAUGAUCAGACAACUACCGUAUACUAAUGAAGUUUGUACUAGAUCAGAAUUUUAGGGUUCUAUGUACCACACAGACAGUUGUUUGUAGAAUAAACUUUCUUAUUUAGGGUCGGUGGCGCUGCACAUAAUUUUAAUGUGGUUGCCCACCUUUUGAGUUUGAACUGUAGCCCGGGAUCAGGCCAAGAGAGAUGAGCUACUUUAUGAACCGUGUGGAAAAUUCAUUCAUUCAGGAAAUUGACCCGUCUUCCCUUCUUGGUGGUGUAA